AUGGCGGCUUCUGCCAUUGCCGAGUGUAAACUUGAUACAAAAGUUAUCCAGGUAACGAAUGUUGCACCUGGAGCUUUAAAAGAACAAAUGAAAACUCUGUUCUCUUUUCUGGGUAGAAUAGAAGAAGUUAGGAUGUACCCGUCUGAGGAUUCUGAGUCUCAGGUAUCUGCUCGUGUCUGUUACGUACGAUUUGAAGAUGCUAGUAGUGUUGGUGUUGCUUUGCACCUUACUAACACUGUCUUCAUUGACCGAGCCCUUAUUGUGGUACCAGUCAUGGAUGGUAAGAUUCCUGAUGAAACCACAGCUCUACAGCUUGCCCCAUCUGCCAUAGCAGGGAUGAUUCCAGGACAGCCAACCUGGCCAAGUAAUGUUGUCAGUCAGAUGACUGGUCAAGGAAGUGGCUUGGUCAUCACAACUUACGAUCCUCGGCUCACUGCUCUUGGCUUAGCUCAAUACCCACCCUUACCUGGUACGACAGACCCCAGCAAAAUUGAAGAGAUUCGACGUACUGUCUAUGUUUGUAACAUUGAUAAAUCUGUCACUGCAGAGCAGCUAAUGGCAUUCUUCAGCCAAGUGGGUGAAGUGAAAUAUAUUCGAAUGGCGGGUGAAGAUAACCUCCCCACUCGCUCAGCUUUUGUUGAGUUCACUGAUCAACGAUCUGUUGCCACUGUGCUUGUCUAUAACAAUACAAUGUUUGGAGGACGUCCCAUUAAGGUAUGUCAUGCUAACAGCUCCAUUGUGAAGCCAGUGAAUAAAAACCAAGAGACUGCUCAGCGUGAACUUGAAGAAGCCAUGAAGAAAGUCAAAGAAGCUCAGUCAUUGAUAUUGGCAGCAGUUGAACCGGAAAUUCCUGACAAAAAACGAAGUCGAUCACGUUCAAAAUCAAAGAGUCAUCGGCGUCAUUCUAGGUCCCGUUCUAAAUCAAAACCCAAGCGUCGUUCCCGGUCACGUUCCCGAUCGCGCCCAAGGCCCAGCCCCAAGAGACGUUCACGGUCUCAUUCAAGAAGAAGAUCAGCUUCAAGGGGUCGAAGAUCCAGAUCAAGGAAGAGAUCGCCUCGUCGAUCAAGGUCACAUUCUAGGUCUCGGCGCCACAGAAGCCGAUCCAGGUCACCUGUUGAGGCCAAGCCCAAAAUGAAAGUCCAUAAUGAAGAACGGUCACGACAUCGGUCUCGGUCUCGACACAGAUCUCGAUCCCGUGGGAGGAAAUCCAGAAGUCCACAUCGCAAAAGAUCACGCUCUAGAUCAAAACGCACCCCUCCAAAAGCUUACAGUUCCAGAAGAUCAAGAACCCCACCAAGAAGUACAAAGCGAAGGUCUCGCAGCCGUAGUCGACAAAAGUCUCCAGUGAAAAAGAAGUAUGGCACCCCAUCUCCACCCAAACUGACACGAGAAUGUUCUCUUCCCCUGAAAGAUGAAGACAAAGAUUCUUCUCCUGAUCGUAAAUCGAGCCGUGGACGAGUUGGUCGAAGUGGGAGACGCCGAAGUCCAAGUCCUGUGAGAGCAAGAAGGUCUCGAUCACGCAGCGGUUCACGCCACAAAUCCUCAAGAACAAAGAAGAAGAAAGAUCAACGGGAACGGAGUCGGGAACGGAGCAGUCGGGAUAAAGAAAGCAAGUCAAGUAAAAAGAAACACAAGGAAGCUCGGAGUGGAGCAGACAAGGAAGAAAGGGUGGCCUCAUCUUCGGCUUUUGCUAAUUCAUCAAGCUCUAGUAACAAAGCAGAAAAUGCACGGGUCACUCGAGAUUACGAUGAAGAAGAGAAAGGUUAUGUGAGUGGGGAAGGCAAAUCAGAAAAGGUGUACGGUGCAGCUGCUCCACCUGCUGAUGUCACUCCUCCUGGCUCGGGAUCCAUGGAAGAUAACCUGGAGUCAGCCGUCCCCUCCAGUAUGGGUGACCAGAUGACCUCUGACACCAAUUUGCAACAAAUGGACAUGGACAUGAGUGACUAA